GGAGUGAUGCAGGUCGGCAUGCCGUGCAUACGACUUGGUCGCUCUACCGAGUUCACCGGUCGCAUUCAAGUCACCUGUAUGAAACAAUGAGAGCGCUUGUAGGACAACGUUGUUUGGCGCCACAACGCGCACCAGGUUCGCUUCAUGGCACGCUUCGUGCGGUGCCCAGCGCGGUGGCGCUGCGGCGAGCGCGUGCUAGCUGCUCUUAUCCAGAAUCAUCAUCGAACCACUCGGCGACAGCGACCACCACCACGCUGGAGUCGCAGCUGUCUGAGGUGAACGCCAGCCCGGUGCUGGUGCUCGGCAGUCCUGCACUGCAGGGCGCAGACCAUGCUCAGAUGUGUGCCGCGCUGGAGGCGCUGCGCGAUGCUGUGCCGCGGCGCUCCCUGGGCGGGCUGCUGGAGCGCUACCCCGCCAUCCUCACCGCCCCCGUGGCCACGUGGGUGGACUUCCUGGGCUCCUUCGGCUUCCAGCGACUGGCCGUGCAGGAGCUGCUGUUGAAUUCGCCGGACGUGUUGGCCAACUCGUCCGUCUUCCGGGCGGGCCAGGUGUUCCUGUUCCUGAAGCGGCUGGGUGUGCCCAACGACCAAAUUGUUGGCCCCAUAUUCAAGUGGCGGGCGCUGCUGUCGGAGCAGGUCGACUUCGAGGCGGCCGCCGACUUCCUGGCUAGCGAGGCUGGCAUCGCACCCGAGCUGCUGGGUCAGGUGGCGUGCCAGUACCCGGCACUGCUGGCAGCCCCCGUUGCCACCGAGCUGGCCCCCCGGCUGGCCUUCCUGCGCGGCCUCGGCCCCGAGGCGCCGGGCCUGUUGCGUGGCGUGCUGCAUGAGGACUGGUACGGCUGGGUGCACGGCCUGGCGAACUGGCCCACCGCGGUGGCGCCCAAGUUGGCGGCGCUGGAGGCGGUGGUGGAGGGCGGGCCGCAGGCGGCGGCGGCGCUGCUGCGGCGAGUGCCCGAGGCGCUCAAAUACCCCCCCGAGAGCCGCCUGGUGCCCAACCUGAGGCUCUUGCAGGGAGCCAUGGGGCUGGACCAGCAGUCGCUGGCGGCGCUGCUGCGCGGCGCCCCCGAGAUCCUGUCCCUGGCGCCGGAGCAGCUGGAGAGCCGCUGGACCUUCCUGACCGAGGCCGCGAACGGCGGAGAGGCUGACCUGCUCGCAUACCCGCCCUACCUGCUGGCCAGCCUGGCCAAGACCUCCGGGCCCCGGCUCAUGUUUGUGGCGACACGCGGCCUGGCGGCACGCCUGGCGACGCCGCCGGCGCCGGCAGCUGUGCAGGAGGGCUCGGCGGCAGCGGCUGACGAGGCGGGGCAAAGUGGGAGAUGGGGGGAAGCGGAUGAGGAGGAUGGGGAUGAGGGCGGUGACGUGGGCCAGGGGGCGGUGCUGGACCUGAGAUGGUUGGUGGAGGGCAGCGACGAGGACUUCCUGCGGCGGGCGGCGCUGGAGCUGCGACGGGCCGGCGGGCGGCGCUCGCCUUCGUUGUCAGCGGGGGCGUUGCUGUACGCCUCGUCAACCUUCUCAUCUUCAUCCCGAGCAUCAAGCCCAGUGUCUGGGUCUGCAUCUGGGUCAGCAGCAGCAUUGGGGUCAGGGGCAAGGGCAGGAGCGGCGGGUGGGGAGGAGGUGAGUGAGGAGGAGCUGUUAUUGGUGCGGGGCGAGUACGAGACGGCGGCGGCAGAGUGGGAAUCGCUGUUGGGCUGGUGCGCGGACAGGGCGUUCACAAAGGCGGGGCGGAAGAAGUUUGAGGAGCAGCUUUCGCUGUUUUAUUUGCUAGUGCAGGGUUGAUGAUGUUGCGGGUGGUGCUUUGUUUGUUGUGCUUGCAUGCUUUUGUGUUCACGGAUUGAGCUCGAUGCCGGCGGACUGACGGGGAGGACGUAGCGGGGCCAGCGCUUGUGGCGUGCAGUGCUGGCUGCUGCCGGGCGCAUCUGUCUUAGGCUGAUUUAUACCUAGCAAUCCUAGUCAGAUGACUAUCUGUGUGCGUGGCGUGGUGGGGCGGUCAGGCGCAGGGGAGGGUCAGGCGGUUGCAGCUGCGGUGAAGCAGCGUGGCGCCGUGACAUCAUGCCACAUCCGAAAGGCUGUAAUUUUUGCCAACUGCUUAAAUAAGUGGGCGUGUGAGGUAGUGAAGCUGUGAAGCGCCGUACACUGCCGUGGAUGGCCGAUCCAAGUACGUUGCCGGUGCGUGUGUGCGGAUACGUGGCGGAUACUGGCGGAUAUCAUUGUGGAGCUUCACGCGGACGUGCCCCGUAGGGUCCCAAGGCCAGCUACAACAUCUU